AUGUCUGCUGUUUUCCAGAAUUCCACUAUUGGAGCUCUUAUCAAGGAUGAGAGUUUCAGUGGUACUUUGCAAAAUGUUUAUCAAUUCCAACCUCAGUUGAACUUCUUAGAGAAAUAUUGGGCUGCUUGGUAUGUUUAUAUGAACAACGAUGUUUUGGCCACUGGUUUGAUGUUUUUCCUAUUGCAUGAAUUCAUGUAUUUCUUUAGAUGUUUGCCAUGGCUCAUCAUUGAUCAAGUGCCUUUCUUUAGACGUUACAAGUUGCAACCAACUAAAAUCCCAAGUGCAAAAGAACAGUGGCACUGUUUCAAGUCCGUGGUGCUUUCCCAUUUCUUGGUCGAGGCUAUUCCAAUCUGGACUUUCCAUCCAAUGUGUGAGAAAUUAGGUAUCACCGUUGAAGUACCUUUCCCAACUUUAAAGAGAAUGGCCCUAGAGAUUUGUCUCUUCUUUGUCUUAGAGGACGUGUGGCAUUACUGGGCUCACCGUCUUUUCCAUUACGGUGCCUUUUACAAAUACAUCCAUAAGCAGCAUCACAGAUACGCUGCACCUUUUGGUAUGGCUGCUGAGUACGCACAUCCAGUUGAGACUAUGACAUUGGGCUUUGGUACCGUUGGUAUGCCAAUCCUUUAUGUCAUGUACACUGGUAAUUUGCAUCUGUUUACCCUUUGUGUGUGGAUCACUUUGAGACUUUUUCAAGCUGUUGAUGCUCACUCCGGUUACGAUUUCCCAUGGUCCCUAAACAAAUUUUUGCCUUUCUGGGCCGGUGCUGAGCACCAUGAUCUACACCACCACUAUUUUAUCGGUAACUAUGCUUCUUCUUUCAGAUGGUGGGAUUACUACCUAGACACUGAAGCUGGUCCAGAAGCCAAGGCCGCCAGAGAGGAAAAGAUGAAAAGAAGAGCUACGAGAAGAGUCAAGAAGACUAUCUAA